GCUCGCGCAGCGCGAAGAGUGCUGAGGAAGAGGAGGAAUAAGGAGUAGAAAGAGAAGAAGUUGGGGGCAUUGAUUGGUUCUGUGUGCACGGAUUCUGCCCCAGGGGGGUGGUAGUGGAAGGGUGUUUUUAGUGGACUGGGGCUUUUCUCUCCUCUCCGCUCCAAUCAGAGCUGCGCACCAUGUACUGACAACAAACAAAAGACCUCCACCAGCUCGCCGCUCAUGUCUGCUUUUAAUUUUAUCCCUCACAUUAUUUGCUUUUUUAAACGAACACAGGAACGUCGUCCUCUUAUUGCGCCGAUCGCGCUGACAGCGGCCGCCAUCGCUGUUUGAUCAGUGUAAAUCCGCUCUUCUUGUUGUAGAUGGUAUUGUAGUCCAGCUUUUGGUCCUGGGUACAUUUUUUUUGUUUUUAGAGAAAUAUUUCAAAACAAGACUACAGCAGCAGCGAAGGCUUCGACCGCCAUGUCCGGCCAGUCCUCGGGUUGCGGCUUCCUCACGUCCGUCGUGGUCCACGGAGACUCGGCCCUCAGCGAGCAGGAGAAAGAGCUGGGCCGGCGACUGAGGCGCCUUUACCCGGCCGUGGACGAGCGGGAGACCCCGCUGCCGCGCUCCUGGAGCCCCAAGGACAAGUUCAGCUACAUCGGCCUGUCCCAGAACAACCUGCGGGUCCACUACAAAGGUCACGGGAAGACCCCAAAAGAUGCCGCAUCAGUGCGAGCCACCCACCCCAUCCCAGCUGCCUGUGGGGUCUAUUACUUUGAGGUCAAGAUUGUCAGCAAAGGACGAGAUGGGUAUAUGGGAAUUGGUCUUUCCGCUCAAGGCGUCAACAUGAACAGACUCCCAGGUUGGGACAAACAUUCUUAUGGUUACCAUGGUGAUGAUGGCCACUCCUUCUGCUCCUCUGGCACUGGGCAGCCAUAUGGGCCUACGUUCACCACGGGUGAUGUCAUUGGCUGCUGUGUCAACCUGAUCAACAACACCUGCUUCUACACAAAGAAUGGACACAGUUUAGGUAUUGCUUUUACUGAUUUACCGCCAAACCUUUAUCCCACUGUGGGCCUGCAGACACCUGGAGAGGUGGUUGAUGCUAACUUCGGUCAGCACCCCUUUGUCUUCGAUAUCGAGGAUUACAUGCGUGAAUGGCGGACGAAGAUCCAAGCACAGAUCAGCCGCUUCCCUGUUGGAGACCGGGAGGGAGAAUGGCAGUCUAUGAUACAGAAAAUGGUGGCAUCAUACUUGGUCCAUCACGGCUACUGUGCCACAGCAGAGGCAUUCGCCCGCUCCACAGACCAAGCUGUUCACGAGGAGCUUGCUUCCAUCAAGAACCGGCAGAAAAUCCAGAAGCUGGUUCUGUCGGGCAGGAUGGGGGAAGCCAUAGAAACAACCCAGCAGCUGUAUCCAACUCUACUAGAGAGGAAUCCAAACCUUUUAUUCAUGCUCAAGGUGCGGCAGUUCAUUGAGAUGGUGAACGGCACAGACAGUGAGGUUCGCUGUCUGGGAGGCCGCAGUCCUAAGUCCCAGGAUAGCUACCCUGGCAGCCCAAACCCGAGCCCUAGCCACAGUGCAAGCAUCCACAGCUUGGCUUCACCUGCCAAACCCAGCGGCUCCCACUCCUAUCUGCCAGGGUUUGACAGCAGCUGCAGUAACGGAGUGGCACCCGGAAGGCCCCACCCCUCAGCACACUGCCCCAAGCAGCUACCCUCGACCCCCUCCAACGCUGAGCUCAACACCAUCAACAGUGUGAGGAGCCAGCAGGCCAAUGCAUGUACCAGCGGUGAUAUAGACAUGGAGGUGGACCAUUACAGCAACGGUGUGUCCGGGUCAUCCUCCAAUGGCUUUCUCAACGGCAGUUCAAAGCAUGACAUUGAGCUGGAGGACUGUGACGCUGACAUGGACAUAGACCCAGCCCUGCCCCGGCGGCAGUUGUGUGGCGGUAGCCAGGCAGCCAUCGAACGAAUGAUCCACUUUGGCCGUGAGCUGCAGAGCAUGAGUGAACACCUGCGACGGGAAUGCGGCAAGAAUGCUGCUAAUAAGAAGAUGCUGAAGGAUGCUUUCAGCUUGCUAGCCUACUCGGACCCCUGGAGCAGUCCGGUGGGCUACCAGCUGGACUCCAUACAGAGGGAGCCCGUCUGCUCCACCCUCAACAGUGCAAUAUUAGAGACUCACAACCUGCCGAAGCAGCCCCCCCUGGCCCUAGCCGUGGGUCAGGCCUCCCAGUGCCUGUCCGUCAUGGCCCGCUCGGGCAUUGGCUCCUGCGCCUUCGCCUCCGUGGACGACUACCUGCACUAGCUAUGCAAGCCGGCUCUGCCCCCUGCACAGGCCACGCCCCCUGAGCAUGGGUGCCAAACAGCCGGAGAAAAUACAAACUCGUCUUUGUUCCUUAGUUUUUUUUAUUAGUUCCUUAGUGGGGACAGGCUCUGAUUGUCAGCUAACUUCGGUUUCCUAGUUUACGAGGCAUGGUGCAAAUGAUGAUGAUGAUGAUGAUUAUUAUUAUUAUAAUUAUUGUUGUUAAAAUUAUUAUUUGCCUAACUUGCAUAUACAGUGUACCUGUUCUCAGUUUGAAAACCAGCGCGGUAAAACACCAUAGACGAAUAAAGGUCCCGUUACUAUACAUCACUAUUAGUCACAUGGUGUUCCAAGAACCAUCGUUUUAUAGGAUCAUUCACAUGUGCGUCCAGCACGGUAUGUGUGUCAGCCUGUGUACAUAUAUAUAAAUAUAUAUUUAAAAACUUAAUGGAAUUAUAUCAACAAAAAAGUUUAAGAUAUUUAGCUACCAAAAGUAAGAAAACAAAAAAAAAAAAAUUCUUUUAAUAUAGAAUGAAGCAUCUUUUUGUGGUGGAUAUUUGUACGGACACUUAGUGUGAUGUACACCGUUAUUGGGUCUGUGCUCAGUUUUAUUAAUGACUCCCCCCCCCCCCCCAUUGGAUGCAACACCUCUCUGGUCAGCACAAGUAACAUCUGGUUCGGUGCGACAUGGUCUCAACUUAUGGACCGCCCCACCUCACUGUGUACUAGUGACAAAGCAUGUCCUCGAACCAUGAACCACUCAGGCGCCAAGUGCCCUUGUCAUUUCCACGUCUUGUAGCCCCAACCCAAAUCGAAUGAGUAACUUUUUUUUUCUCUCCCCUAUUUGCUUUUUGGAUCCAACUUGGUUUGGCAAAACCUUUUUCCCCCCCCUACUGCACUGUGCAAGUGCAGAAUGGGGAAUUAAAAAGCAGUAUUGUCAAAAACACUGUGGUAAAGUGACAUUUACAAUAAAAA